CCUGGCUUUCUUCACUCCUAGGCACAAACCAUGGUCAUUCCUCAAGCUCUGCAGUGUCUGGCGGUCAGCUGGACCUACAGCUCCUCUAACUCAGCAAGGUCAAGAAGGACGUCUCUGGAGCUAACGGGAGCACGAAAUGGGGGAGACAGGCCCCAGAAAACGCCGAGAGGAUGAGAAAUCCAUCCAAAGUGACGAGCCCAAGACCACAAAUCUCCAAAAAGAGGUGGGCCUGUUCAGCGGCACCUGCAUCAUUGUGGGCACCAUCAUCGGCUCUGGGAUCUUCAUCUCCCCUAAGUCUGUGCUCAGAAACACGGAAGCGGUGGGACCAUGUCUCAUUCUCUGGGCAGUCUGUGGGGUCCUUGCAACACUGGGGGCUCUGUGUUUUGCGGAGCUUGGCACGAUGAUCACCAAGUCAGGGGGUGAGUAUCCCUACCUGAUGGAGGCCUUUGGCCCCAUCCCUGCCUACCUCUUCUCCUGGACCAGCCUGGUGGUCAUGAAGCCUUCGUCCUUUGCCAUCAUCUGCCUCAGCUUCUCCGAGUAUGUGGCUGCACCCUUCUACUCAGGCUGCGAGCCUCCCCAGGUUGUGGUGAAAUUCCUGGCUGCUGCAGCCAUCUGGCUCAUCACGAUAGUGAAUGCUUUGAGUGUGCGGCUGGGCAGUUACGUGCAGAACUUCUUCACGGCAGCCAAGCUGGUGAUCGUGGCCAUCAUCAUCAUCAGUGGGAUUGUUCUACUGGCCCAAGGAAACACAAGGAAUUUUGAGCAGUCUUUCGAGGGCGCACAAAUCUCUGUGGGAGCCAUCAGUCUGGCGUUCUACAAUGGACUCUGGGCCUAUGAUGGUUGGAAUCAGCUCAAUUAUAUCACAGAAGAACUCAGAAACCCCUUCAGAAACCUGCCGCUGGCCAUCAUCAUCGGGAUCACACUGGUGACCGUGAGUUACAUCCUCAUCAACAUCGCCUACUUCACGGUCAUGACGCCCACGGAGCUGCUGCAGUCGCAGGCUGUGGCUGUGACCUUCGGGGACCGUGUUCUCUACCCAGCCUCAUGGAUCGUCCCGGUGUUUGUGGCGUUUUCAGCCAUUGGUGCUGCUAAUGGAACCUGUUUCACAGCGGGCAGACUCAUUUAUGUGGCUGCCAGGGAAGGCCACAUGCUCAAAGUGCUCUCUUACAUUAGUGUCAGGCGCUUGACUCCAGCCCCUGCCAUCAUCUUUUAUGGAAUCAUAGCGACCAUUUAUAUCAUCCCUGGAGACAUUAAUUCACUAGUCAAUUAUUUCAGUUUUGCUGCAUGGUUGUUUUAUGGCGUGACAACUCUAGGACUCAUUGUGAUGAGGUUUACAAAGAAAGAACUGGAAAGGCCAAUCAAGGUGCCCAUUGUCAUCCCCAUCCUGGUGACUCUCAUAGCCGUGUUUCUGGUCCUGGCCCCAAUCAUCACGGAACCUGCAUGGGAGUAUCUCUACUGUGUGUUGUUUAUCCUGAGCGGCCUCAUAUUUUACUUCCUCUUUGUCUACCACAAGUUUGAAUGGGCCCAGAAAAUCUCAAAGCCAGUCACCAUGCACCUUCAGAUGCUCAUGGAGGUCGUGCCCCCAGAGAAGGACCCCGAGUGACUCUUGUAGCCAAAUCAAAACUGUAAUGUGUUUAUUUUUGUAAGCAAUGCUUGUGGGUUAUUUUUCUUGACGUUUUUCUUUUUUUCCUAUGGAAAUCUCAGAGUUCUACUGUAACUUGAUCACCAUAGUUCUGGUAUUUUUUGUUUUUAUUUAUUUUUAAUAUAAAGUUUACCUCAGAAUAGUUUUAAUUAUAUAAAACAAAUUGUGAAGUAGUAUGGAAUUCCCUUAUAAACCUCAACCAUCUCCCUGUUAUUAACAUUUUAUAUCUUACAAUUUGUUAUAAUUAGUGAAUUACACCCAGUUUCUCCUUUGUCCCUUUUAAAAUCCAAAUUCCCAUGCCACCUGCCACUGCCAGUCUCUCGUAAUGGCAUUCUCUGUUCAGAUGGAGAUUU